CCACCACUAUGGCCGCCCAAACAUUUGCGCACAAGACAACAACCGCCUUUACGAAUCCUACAAAUUAUAAUUUUACCUCUCAUCGCCUCCAUCGCACUCUACAUGCCUCCACCAAGCAACCGAUCGUCUUGGUAGCAUGCGGCUCUUUUAAUCCUAUUACAUACCACCACCUUCGAAUGUUUGAGAUUGCGAAUGACUUCAUCCGGCAGAAUACCGAUUUUGAGAUUGUCGGUGGAUAUUUCAGCCCAGUUAGCGACGAGUACAAGAAACCGGGUCUAGUUAGCGCACAUCAUCGUGUGAAAAUGUGCACGCUCGCUGCAGAGCAGGAGUCAUCAUGGCUCAUGGUCGAUCCCUGGGAGGCAUUGCUGAAUUAUCAACGCACAGCGGUUGUGCUCGACCACAUAAAUUACGAGAUCAACACGGUUCUUGGUGGGGUGUUCACUCGAGAUGGUGAACAUCGUGAUGUUCGAAUCAUGCUCCUUGCUGGCUCAGACUUGCUUAGCACCAUGUCUGAGCCGGGCGUUUGGUCUCAUGAAGAUCUCGAUGAUAUACUUGGACAUCAUGGCGCGUUUGUCAUUGAGCGCACAGGGUCCUCCAUGGAUCAAGCAAUCGACAGCCUGGCGCGAUGGCGGAACAACAUCUACCCUAUCGCUCAGCUGGUCCAGAACGAUGUUUCCUCCACGAAAGUCCGGCUGUUCUUUCGUCGGGGUCUUUCAGUACAGUAUCUCCUGCCAGCGACUGUUAUCGAUUAUAUAGAGCAGAACAAUCUAUACCCAGACGACGGGUCGUGUACGGAGAAAGAUAAAGGAAAGAAUAGGAAGAGCGGAGAAGCUGAUACUCCAAGUUCAGAAAGCAGCAAUGUGCGCGCUACCCAGUCAUAGCCAUUGGGAAAGGAGAAGGUUAUCAUACUGUUACGUAAAACCUUAAACGUGAGUAAAAUUACUAAAAUAAACUCACCCUGCUG